GCGGCGGGACCCCCGGGACCCCCGGGACCCCCGGGACCCCCCCGGGACCCCCGGCCGCCAUGGCGGGGCAGGAGCAGGAGCCGGUGACCUUCAAGGACGUGACGGUGUUCCUGAGCCGGGCCGAGUGGGACGCGCUCACGGCGGGGCAGCGGGAGCUGUACCGGGACGUCGUGUCCGACACCUACGAGCUGCUGACCUCUCUGGGUUAUCCAGGCCCCAAGCCCGACAUCCUGCACCGGCUGGAGCGUGGGGAAGAGCCGUGGAUCUGCUCAUCUCCAGGACAUGCCAAGAGCUGGCUGGAGGAGCCUUCCUCUGGCUGGUGGCCCAGAGCCAGCAGGGACCAGGGGCUGGAGCCCUCGUGUCCAGGACCAGGCACGUUUUGGUGUCUCCAGGACAGGAGCUUCCAGAAGAAGGUUGGCUGUCACGAGGAAAGGAGCGAAUUCCCGUUGGAAGCAGACAGUGGAGUGGGGAGCCAAGCCCAGCCAUGGCUUGUGAAGGAGGAAGUGGAGGACAAACCUGGACUCAUGGAAGACCUAACCCACAGUGAGACAUUCCUGCCUCAUUCCACAGUGGAAGAGCAGAGCCUGGAUCCUUGGGAACAGCUGCGGGAUAGCCCUGGGGAGAGGCAUCAAGGGAAUGCCCAAAACCAUGGACACACCUUGGAAGAGACGACGCUUCUCCCGGGAUCCCAGGAGCUGCGGGUGGAGGAGCUGAGAGCGGCGGCGGCGAAGGACCACGGUUACUGCCUGCGGAGCGAGCCGGUCGCGCCCUGCGCCCCGCAGCCCUGCUGCCUGUGGGAACACAACUACUGCCGGCAGCGCCGGGCCGGGAGGAGCCGUGGGGCCAGCGACAUCCAGGCCGCGCGCCGCCGGCUGGCGUGGCGGCAGUUCCACUGGGGCAGGAGGGUCCGGAGAGCCAGGGAGAUCCUGCGGCGCUACCAGCCCUACUGGAGGCUGGGCUUUCCGUGGAGAGGCCACUCCAGCUGUGGCGAUGCCGCGCAGGGGACGAGCCCUGGGGUUUGUCCUCCGAUGGAGGUGGCCGCACCGCGCCAGCUCCGGAGCGCCGGGAACGCCGAGGGGGUGACAUCAGACACACAGUGUGUUCCAGAGGGGAUUUUGGGAAGUGGGGCUUCGCGCCCUCCCCUAAUCCUGGCUGCAGGAGUGGAGAAGAGGGAAAAGCCUCUGGAGCAUCCAAGUGCCAGCCAGGAACUUGAAGGAUGUGCGGAACCCCAGAAAUUGCAGGGGGUGUCGCUCCAUGACAUGUUCCGGAAUGUGAUGAGGACGAUAAGAUACAUACUGGACUCCAUAUGCCAGAAGUUUGAGCUCCAGGGGGUCUCCCAGGGGAAGAGCAUCUGGCCCAUCAUCAUCCAGAUCGACAACUUGGCAGAGAUCAGGAAGUGCUGACUCCCAGGAGGAGAUUGGAAUAGGAUUCCCUGAAGCACAACACUUAAUCCCCCCCAGUUCCGGGGGGUUUAGGAGGAGAAACGUGACAGAGGUGGAUUGAGGGAGGUGAAACUGAGAAUGUGGGGCCUGCCCUGAACUGGAUUGAUUGAGAGGCUUUGGAGAAAAGCAGUGGAAAAAGGGAGGAUUUGUGUGGCUCAAAGGAGGAAAGAAGGAAAAGUGAGCAUGGUAUCCUGAAGUCCUGGAAUGGCUUGGCUUGGAAGGGAUGUUAAAUCCAUCUCUAAAAACCAACCAGGGUUCAGGCUGUGCUCCUGUCACUGGAACUACAGGAAAAACAAAAACCCUCCAACAACAUUUUUGGUGUUAGAACAUCGAGGCAUUUCCUUAUUUCUGGCUGGGAUGUGCAACAGAAAUUAUUUCACCCACAUAUGGCCCAACUGUGCAGAGAAAAUCAUUCCAUGACAUGCAAAGUUUACUCAAUUUUUUCUUAAAACUUUGUGUAGUUCAAAACAGAAAUCCAUUGGUUAAAUGUUCAUUGGUGCCAAAUUGCAGAGUUCUCAGAAUUUGGUUUCUUUAUUGCAGCGGGAUUUUUUUGCCUCGAUGUUUAUUAAACCCUCACUAAUUUCUUUAUCAGCCUUUCCAGCCCCAGAGUUCUGGGGUAGAUGUUCCUUGACGUUUGCUGAUGUUUGUUAUAAUUUUGGGUGUUUUUGGGCUAUUUCCAGUUUGUUGAGAUGUUAAGUUUAUCACACCUCACAGAGGAGAACAGUACCCUCAAAAAAUACUCUCAUUCCUUUCUCCAAGGCAAAGGCAAACUGAGCGUGACUGAGAAAUAAAAUAAAGGAAUUUAAAAAGUUGUA